AUGGCCGCCGCCGAUGUUCGGGACAUGCUGGAUUUGCCCGCGGAGGGCCAGCCGCGACCGCAUAAGAAGCAGAAAGUCGUCGAGAAAAGACCGGAGGGUAUUACACGAGAGCUCUUCGCCCUUCUCGGCGAAAGGGCCCCUCCCAUCGCCAUCAGCGAGAACCGAUACAAGGGACGACCGAAAUGGAUGAGCAAGCUGAGAGUGCGCCCAUGGCGCAUGACUCCCUUCUCCAAUAGCGCCCGAUCGGACGGUCUCAUCCUCAACCACUGGCAGCGCCAACCCGAAGUGUCCAAAGCCCCAGCACUCGAAGGACCGGCGAUGGAGGUUGACGGACCGAAAGAAGAAGAAAGCACACCACAGACCCUAGGGCAGGAAUCCUUGUUCGCCAAAUACAACAUCAAAGCGCGCGUACCACGACGCUACACCGACGAAGAGUACAAUCGCCACCUGAAGAACGACGACUGGUCGCGGCAAGAGACGGAUUACCUGGUGGACCUGGUCGAGGAGUACGACCUGCGCUGGGUGAUCAUCGCCGACCGCUACGAUUUCCAACCGCAGCCGGUCGACGCGGAGGCCAACACAGGCGCGCUCGUGCCGGCCAAGCGAGUUCGCACCAUGGAACAGAUGAAGGGACGGUACUACUUUGUAGCCGCGUCCAUGCUAGCCCUCGAGCACCCGCCAUCCGAAAUGUCCGAAGCGGAGUUCGACCUGCACGAGAAGAUGAUGAAGUUCGACGCGGACCGGGAACGCGCCCGCAAGGAGCUAGCAGCCCUACAGCUGAACCGCACGGCCGACGAAGUCCGCGAGGAGAGCAUCCUUCUCGAGGAACUGAAGCGCAUCACCGCCAGCGAACAGGAGUUCAUCAACGACCGUCGCGAACUCUACACGCGUCUCGAAGUCCCCGUCAGCGUCGGCAACACCACCAUGUACCAGUCCAGCCAAGGCCUCUCGCAACUCCUCCAAACACUCCUCCAAGCAGACAAGACCAAGAAACGCCGCUCCAUCCUCGGCGCCGAAGCUGGUGCCGCCGCCAGCCCCGCCAGCCAAACACCAACCUCCAACGCACCCACCAACGCCCGCGACAGCCGAGCCGGCACCCCCAGCACAACCGCCGCCGCCGCAGCAGCAGCCGGCGGCGCCGCGGGCGGACCCACAAACAAAAAGGCCGUAGCAGCGGCGGCGGCAGCAGCAGCAGCCAACAAAGAAGCGCAACAAGCCACCAAAACGCUCACAGCGACCGAAGAAUCCCGCUACGGCGUCCAGCACCACGAGCGCCUCGCCCCAGGCGUCCAAUUCCGCAGCGACCGCGCCCAAAAACUCACCCAAGCCAAAUCAAACGUGCAAACGCAGAAGCUAGCCGGCGCACUCGCCGAGCUCGAAGUCCCCCUCCGACUAGUGAUGCCCACCGAACGAGUCUGCAAGGGCUUCGAAAAGCUGAUCCACUCCGUCAACCUGCUUCUCGAUGCGCGCAAGGUCGCUGAGAAGGUCGAGGGCGAGAUCCGCGUGCUGGAAGCUUCCCGAGAUGCUCGCGAGGCUAAGGAUAAGGAUAAGGAGAAGCCUGUUAAGACUGAGCAGCAGGAUGAUCAGUUGCCGCCGGAGUCGACGGCCGGAUCUACUGAUGCAGCGGCGACGGCUAAUAGUACUGCUGCUGCUGCUGCUGCUGCUGCUGCUGGGAGAGACAAGAAUUCCGCGGGCGAUGCCGACAAUAAAGAUGCGGAGGCGCCGUCUACUUCGCAGAAGCGGUCUGCUAGCGUUUUGAGUAAUGGGAGUGAUAAGAGCUCGAAGAGGCAGCGGAAAUAG